AUGACUGGAGAUAGUUCUGUCAAGAACACUCAUUCGAAAAUUGUUCUUGACUAUUCGUUCUGUAAUGCCAGUAACAUAUGGAAUUAUCUGGGGGUUAUUACAAUAUUUCUCUUCGUGACCAUUUUGAUAUCUUAUUUAAAACAUCGACAACGACAAAAAACCUUACGGCAUUAUAAAACAAAUUACAAUUCAAUCUAUCUUAUAGUAUUAAUUGUUCUCGGUUUGUUUUUUGUUAUUCCAUUAAUGUGUUGGUUGUUAACAUUCGUCGAAAUUCUCGUUACGUUUGUACGUUAUGGACAGAUUCCAGCCUCACCAUUACCAAUUCUUACAUUGCCUAUACGAGCAGUGGCAUUUAUUUAUUUGAAAAUUACAACAGCUAUCCAUAUCUAUUUAACAGCGCCAGGCACAUUCAUUUUUCUUUUAUUCUUUAUAGCUUUAGCAUGUAUUAAAUAUCUUCUUCUCAUUCUUCUUCGUUUUGGCUUACCAGGUUUUUUUCUUUUUUCAUAUAUCGGUUUUGCUUUGCCGUUAUAUGCUUUGAGUGAAGUCGGAAAUGUCGAUUCCUGGAUUGACCUAGCAUUUACCAGUCAAUUACCAUUGUUUAUUAUUUAUAAAUUUAGAUCACUUCUUCUAGCGAUGAAACCGAACGUUCUGUGGGUAGUUUUAUUUCUUGUUUUUCUUCUUGGAUGUUAUCUCAAGUUUGGUAUAACAAUGUUAUUUGUUUGUAAAUGUUUUCUUGCUAUUGUUCUCAUUCGUUUUACAUAUGUUAUUGGAAGAAUCUUUGUAUUUUUUGUCUUUUCUAAACCGGUGUCACCACAGACAGGUAGAGCUAGUGAUGAUGGUCACUAA